CCAAUUUCAUUCAAACACAAAUCUGGAGAAUUAGGGUUUACAGAUAGCAAUUCAAUCGGAUUUACAAUGCUUCAGACUCAGACUCCGAUGCUGAUCCGAUUAAAGACGGUUGCACCAACCGAGGGCUCUCCCGGACCUAAACACUUGCCCACCGAGACCGCCACCGCCGCGUGCCCUGACCACCUCAUCCUCGCCGACCUCCCCGUCGCCAAGGGCAUUGGCUCCGCCACUUCCGCUUAUCUCGUCAAGACUGUCGGCCGCCGCUCCCGCCGUCAGCUCGGCGAGCGCGUCCACUUUUGCGUUCGCUGCGAUUUCCCGAUUGCUAUCUAUGGAAGACUGAGCCCUUGUGAACAUGCUUUUUGCUUGGAUUGUGCUCGUAGUGAUUCAAUCUGCUACCUUUGUGAUGAACGUAUUCAGAAGAUUCAGACUAUUAAAAUGAUGGAGGGGAUCUUCAUUUGUGCUGCCCCCCACUGUCUCAAAUCAUUUCUAAAGAGGAGUGAAUUUGAAUCUCACAUCCAUGAGACUCAUGCCCACCUUCUACAGCCAAAUGCGGAGAAAAUGAUGGAUGGAAAUGAAUCAGAAGCCCGAAGUAAAAGCCAAGUUGCGGCAUCUGAAUCCACUGCUCGUGCUCCACCAAGGCCAGUCUUUUCUCCCAAUUCAAAUUCCCAGUUCCAUGACCGUGAUGACAAAGUUCGUCUUCAACGAGAACAAUCACUUCCCAGGCCAGUCAUGCAGCCUACACCACCGCCAGGUUUUGGACAAAUUCAGAAUAAUCCACCAGAUCUCUGCCGACCACCAGGCUUUGACAGACCUCUUCCCCAAAAUCUCUACCAUCAACAAAGUUUUGAUACAUCCGGUGCUCCAAUGCAGGAGUCUGGUCAGUUUUCAGAUAAGCAGCAAGGAAUGACAUCCGAAACUCCCUAUUCUGAAUACCCACCCAUGCAUUCUACCCAGCCUCCCAAUUAUGCAGUUCCAAUGAGUUCCAAUCAAGUACAGAUGAUGCCUACCCUUCAGUUUGGCUAUCCUUACCCAGUUGAUGGAUCUCAACCAUUCUAUAAUGCUCCUUAUCAGAUGGUACGACAGGAUUCUGGACAGGAUGUGGGACAAGAACAGGGGUCGUUGUUGGGUUUUCCCCCAGGUUCAGUACCUAACAUGAACUUUGCAGCUGGUUACCCACAAACUUGGAAUGCAGGACAGGCUGGUGUUCCUUUUGAACAAGCUACACCAGGGGGUCAAGGAGCUUCGGAUGGUUUCCCCAACUCCUCAGAUCCUCAAGGAAAUGUUGCAUAUUAUCAAGGCGGCAUGCCUUUCAAUCCUCAGCAGAUGACAAACAAAGCAAUGGAACAACCAUCCCAGGGUGGUAAUGCUAUGGAUAACAAUGGUAUAACAGCUUCACAGCCACUUCCUCCGCCUCCUCCAGUAUCACAGCUCAAACGCAAGUUUUAUGGUGACACAGGUCGAGAUGGCCAGAGCUAGGACUGCAUAAUGAGAAAUUGUAAUCGACUGUGGUGGUGAUCAAGUCCAUUAAAAGUUGUUCUUUGUAAUGUUUGCUCUUAUUCCUCACCUGAACUCAUGGCUGUCAUAUUUUGGUCCCAAGGUCUCUCUCUGAGAGUAUUUGUUUCCUUGGCUCUGGUUCUUGUCUCAUUACUAAAUAUAUGUUUGAAAUUUGUGAAUAUCUACAAGUGAGGGUUAUGAAAGCUCCACUUUUGAAGUUUAAGAUAGAGCAUGUACAGAACCAACUCUUUAUAUUACCAUUCUGUGGAUUAGAUUGCAACA